AGGAUAAUUCUGAAAGAUAGACUAGGUAACUGUGUUUUGACACCUGUCUUUCUGAACUGCAUAACUGCCAUCUGUUGACUAUAGCACCCUCACAUGUGAAGCUUGAGCUGCUGUUAAAUGUCUUAAAUGUAAGUAAUCGUUGUCCAUUUAAAUUAUGUUAAUGGGUGUCUUAAUAUUCAAGCAUGUAUAUUUCUUAAAGCUAAGGUUGCAGUGGCCUAUAUUCAUGAAGAUGUGUGGAGCCUCACUGACAUUUUGAAAAAAUCACCUUUAGAUGGACAUCCACUGCAUAGGCGGAUGAAAAGGCAUAGCAAGAAAAUGGAAUAACCAGUUGUCACCUGAGACCAGUCUCCAUGGACCACAUCACCAUGGCACCACCUUCACUUGAUACCAGAAGUGACUUGUAUUCUCACAGUGGAGCCAUUCAGAAGGUGACGUGCAUGAGGACUAAAGCACAGAGAUGAACUGGCCCUCCAUCUCAGGGAAGUAGAUACUGUAAGAAACAUUUAAUGCUGGUUAUGUCUUCGUGUCACAACAGGCUUAAGCAUGUGUCUUAACUUAACUCAGCUGAAUGGGAGGAAGUGGCACAAAAAAGGGUGUCCAAACAUGAAUGUACAAAACUGCUGCUGCAACACAAGAUGUCUAAAAUGGCCUUGUGUUAGACGAAGAAGUUUGUCCCCGUUGUCCUCAUUUGUGAUAUUGACUGUGCUCGCCGUGUUUCUCAAAGCAAAUGUGUCAGUAGCAAUGAAAGUGACCUCCAGUGGACCACAAACUAUGCAGAUGGCCCAAGGGGAACCUGUGACACUAGACUGCACCUACACCUCAAGUCCAGCAGACAUCGGCGAGCUUGACAUUGAGUGGUCAGUUGUCAGUCCAGACACCACAAAAAAAGACCAGAUGAUCAUAUCAUAUACAGGUGGAAGGAGAUAUGUCCAUGGUGACCCUGCUUUAAUGAAAGGUGUGAACUUCACAUCUGUUGACCCUGCCCAGGGAGAUGCAUCUCUAUCUAUCACCUCACUGAUGGUCAGUCAUGCUGGAACGUAUCAGUGCAAAGUUAAAAAGGCGCCUGGGGUGGACAGUCGGAAAAUAUCUCUGAUUGUGAUGGUGAGGCCGUCCAUGCCAAAGUGUUGGGUUGAUGCUGGUGAAGCUGUGGGUGAGACAGCAUCUCUCCGCUGCAGAUCGGAUCAAGGCUCUGCUCCUCUGCUGUAUUCAUGGAGGAGAGAGAGUGGAGGUCCCAUUCCUCAAGACGCCAUUCAGAACUCCCUCACAGGAGAACUUCUAAUCAGUAACCACUCCUUAAGCCACUCCGGUGUCUAUUCCUGUGAAGUUUCCAAUUCUGUUGGGAAAGAGAGCUGUCGGCUUAAACUUCAAGCCGUGAAGCCUCCUAACAGAGCGGGGGUCAUCACAGGCACCGUUGUUGGAUGUUUACUCCUCAUCAUGAUUGCCCUGCUCAUUAUAUGGCUCCUCGUCUUCAGAUGUAACAGGAAUCGACAGGAGAAAGAUUUUUCCAAUGAGAUACGAGAGGAUGCUCCUGCGCCUGAGAGCCGUCCUACCAGCCGAAUCUCCAGCUUCCGUUCAGGUGUGGCCUACAGCCAGGUGGGCCAAACCCAAACUGAGCAUCCACCCUCUAACACCAGCAACAGCACUGCAAAGUAUGACAGCAGAUUUGGCUAUGCUGUAUGAGGAGUCAUCCUUAUAUUAUACUGUAGAUUGCCAUUGGUUUACAGUUAAAGGUACAAUAUGUAACUUUUUGCUCUGUAGUGAUUAAAAAUCAAAAAUGGAUUUUGUGGAAGAACAUUGUUUUGGUUGUGCUUCGGGUGAAUAUGACCUUCCACAAUAACAAAUGCUUUACGAUGAACUCUGUUAAAGAGCUACAUAUGUGUUUUUUUCUGUUCAAUAAAAUGCCUUACUCGCCUGUUGAGUAAUAAAAAACGCCA